CCCCCACCGCCUACCCCUUGUUCCCCAAGCCCGGCUGACGCCUCCUCCCGUCGCCCCCUUCCUCCGCACGAAACACCGGCGCCGCACUCAUCGGCGACGAAGAAGACAUCGCCCCGGCUUGAUCCGAUGGCCAACAGCAACCUCCCGCGACGAAUCAUCAAGGAGACGCAGAGGCUCCUCAGCGAGCCAGCGCCGGGGAUCAGCGCUUCGCCCUCGGAGGAGAACAUGCGCUACUUCAACGUCAUGAUCCUUGGGCCGGCGCAGUCGCCCUAUGAAGGUGGAGUUUUUAAGCUGGAACUCUUUUUACCUGAGGAAUAUCCGAUGGCUGCCCCGAAGGUUAGGUUUCUAACCAAAAUAUACCAUCCCAACAUUGACAAGCUUGGUAGGAUAUGCCUUGACAUUCUGAAGGACAAAUGGAGUCCGGCUCUUCAGAUUCGAACAGUUCUCUUGAGUAUCCAGGCACUCCUAAGUGCACCAAACCCAGAUGACCCUCUCUCUGAUAACAUUGCUAAGCACUGGAAAUCCAACGAGGCAGAAGCUGUUGAAACAGCGAAGGAGUGGACUCGUCUGUACGCCAGCGGUGCAUGAAGACCCAAUGUUGGCGCUGAUGUAAUAAUCAAUCAUACUCUAGUCGGUAGUCGAGUGCCAUUUGCCUGAUAAGAAGAAACUGGAGAUAUCUGCAGUGGAAGGAAGUAUCUAAAUGACUACUGCUCGUCGCUCUAUCUGGUUGUACAACGUGUUGGUUCCCUUUACCCUGGGGUGCCUUUGACUGAUCAAUAUUUGUGGUAGAACCUUUCCGUGCCGCUCCAAGUAUAUCGGUUACUCUAUGUAGGAGAACUUAACAAGUGUCCGCAUUAUUGUAGUUGAAGUUAAAGAUGGCUUGUUUUGCUGCGAA